GGAGGGAGAAGCGCAGGGAGGAGCGGCGACUAGCAAGGCACCAGUCGCCUCCUCCGGCGCUCGUAACGGCUACACGCUGUUCCUGCAGCAGCGCUGGCGGGCCGCCAAGGCCGCCGACCCGGGCGCCAGCUACCGCGGGGCCGUCAGCCGCAUCGCAGCGGAGUGGCGCGCGCUGGGGCCCGAGCAGCAGCGGCGCUUCACUGAGGCUGCAGCGGUGGAGGCAAGCGGGGAGGGCACUGGUGGUACAGGGGCAGAGGUGGGAGCGGACGCAGGGGCAGAGGUGGCGGCGGACGCAGGGGUUGCCGAUACGGUAGAUCUCACGCGCCCUGAUGACGUCCCCUUGGCCUCCCGUUCUGCGAGUCGCGAGCGGGCAGGUAGCACAGCAGAAGUGCAAAGUACGGCGGCCUCCGUACGGAAACGCGCUGCUGCUCCCGCAGCCGCUCCUUCAGGUGGCAGUCCUUCUGCUGUUGCUGCUGGUGGUGUUGUUGAUAGCGACGGCGCAGUUGCAGCUGCCGUGGCGGCGUUGGUUGUGGAGAAGAAGCGGUCGAAUCCCUUCUUGUCCUACUGUAAGGCGCAUCGAGAAGCGUUGCAGGCGGCGCAUCCGGAGGCGGGGCUGAUGGAGGUGUCUCGCCUGCUGGGUGCGGCGUGGGGCGCGUUGAGUGAGGAGGAGAAGGCGGCGUACCGGUGACGGAUGGCGAGCGGUGCAGCUCUGGGGGCUCGCGCCGGCGCUGGCGGCUUGUAGUGACCGCUGCCCUUGAGCCAUGACCCGAUGGGUGCCCUGCGGGUUUGCCACUGGCGCUGCGGGCUUGAACUUGCAGUAGCUUUUGCAUUCCGAGGGAUGUGCUGUUGAGCAGUGUAACAGGAUCUACCCAUGUAAGGGAGCAGAGCCCC